AUGAUUUCUUCAUUUAUUUUAAUUUCACUCAUUUUUCUAUGUUUUCUUGCUAGUUUAGUUACUGGAUGGGCAGCUAUAUACCUCUUUAAAAAAGAAUUAAAACUUCAAGAAGAAAUAAAAAAAUAUAAUAAUGCUAAAACUAAACUUGAUGAAUUAUACAAAGAUUUUAUUAAACUUGCCAAUGAUAAUGAAAAUUUAAAACAACAAUUAACAAAAGAACAUGAACAAUAUUUAAAUGAAGCUAAAGCUCAUGCAAUCACCAAAAAUUCAUUAAUCGAAGCUAAUAACAAACUUAAUGAAAAAACUCAAGAAGCAAAAAAUAACAAAGAUAACUAUGAAAAAACAUUUAAAGAUCUUCAAACUGAAAUCUUAAAUAACUACAAAAAUGAAUUACUUUUACAAACAAAAGAUAAUGAAAUUAAAAAAAUAACAACCCAAGCUAGAAAAGAUUAUGAAGAUGCCAAAAAUAAACUUAAAAAAACAAUCAAAGAUAAUGAUAAAUUUAAAAAAAAAUAUAAAGAAACAUUUGAAAAACUCUUACAAGAAAUAUUAAACAACCAUAAAAACAAUAAAGAUGAAUAUGUUAAAAAAUAUCAAGAAAUGAUAAAAAAACUUAAUGAUAUGAAUAUAGAAUAUCAAAAAACUAAAGAAAAAUUAAAAUCUGAAAAACUUCGUCAUAAAGAAACAAAAAACCUUUACAAAACUGAAAAAGAAAAAUUAGAAAAGGAAAAAGAAGCACAUGAAAAAACCAAAAAAAUCACUCAAGAAGAAAAAAAAAAUCUACUGAAACAAAUAAAUGAAUUAAUCGAGAAAAAUAAAAAACUGGAUAAUCAAAUUAAAGAUGAAGAAAAAAAGAAAAAUAAAUUGGAAAAAAUUGUUAAAACCCUUGAAGAUAAGUAUAAUAAAAAAAUUGGUGAAUUAAAUGAUUUAUUAAAGAAAAAAAAUGAUGAAAUAAAAACACUAAAAAAUGAUCAAAAAAU